UAUAUCAUUUUUUUUGUUUACUGUGGUUUUGUAAAUAUGAUUUUAAUUUAUAAUAAGUUUAAAUAAAUAAGGAUGCCCAAAAAAUCGACCAAUACAUCAUUAUCAUCAUCAUCAUCAUCAUAUUCCAUAAAGAAACGUGUAUCUCAAUUUGAACAACAAAAAGAACAAUCUCUUACCGAUGACCAUAUGGCCGAUUCUUCGGAAGAAUCAUUCAAUGCAAAUGAUCAUUUCAUCAAUGUUGCAUUCGAAAGAUUCAAACAUGAAUUUAUUGGACUUUAUCCUGAAUCGAUGUUACCAUUCGAUCAACUUGAUUCAUUAAAUCAAGCCAGAAAUUUACUUGAUGACCAAAAAAAUCAUAUCCAAAAAUUAAGUAGAGAAUUGAAUCGUUGUAAAUUUACCAUUAAAUUUUUGGAAGAAAUUAUUAAUCAUCAUGAUAAAGAAUCAAAACAACAUGAUCAUCCUAGAUCCAAUAAUAUUGGAAAAAAUAAUGAAAUAUCAAUUAGUGAUGAUACUAUGAUGUUGAACACUUCCGUUGAUGUCACUGCAAAUCCAUCAUCAUCGCAAUAUGUCACUGUGAUAACAUUGAAUGAUAGCGCUUAUGGCGAAAUUCAAAAAAUUUCCCCAAAUAAAACUUCACCUACAUCGUCAUCAUCAUCAUCAUUAGUAACAGCAGCUGUGGAAAACAAUGAUGUUAAUGAUGAUGGCAAUGGAAAUGCCCAUCACAACGAAAUCGAAAUGGAUCUUCAACAACAUACAGCCAAAACAGUACCCGAACCAAUAUAUUCGAAUACUCUGGAGGCACAAAAAUCUACACUUGAUAAAGCAAAGAAACGGCCACCCACACCACCAAGGAAACCAAAAUUGCCCAACAAAUCAAUGAAUAGCCAUAGCAAUAACAGUAUAAACAAUAUUGAAACAUCAGCUACUUCGAAACCAUUGUCAUCAUCACCAAAUCAACAAUCACAAUUGACUAAAAGCGAAAGUCUUACAACAGCAACGACAACAACAACUAAAUCGAAACCAUCAUCUUCAUCUCAUUGCAAUCGAUCUCAAUUCCAAAGAAAAUUCAACGGCCCAUUACAACGAAUCGAACAAAAACAUGAAAUUGAUUCCAAUAAGAUAAACAACAAAAGAUUUAAUAAAAAAUCAACACCAACUAAUAAUCAGAAUAAAGCACCAUAUAUGCGAACAUUUAGCCUCGAAUCAAAUAUUCCAUCAUCACCAUCGACCGAAUCAAAUCGUAACAUGAUCAAAAGAACAGAUGAAACAGAACUUUCAGAUUAUAAUAAUAUCUACGAUACCGUAGCACCUGAUGAUUCUGAUAGCAUUGAACAUGAUGAUGACGCCAUUAAUGAAAAAACAAAUAAAAAUUGUGAUAAUCGAACUAAUGAACAUAAUUUAACAAGUAAUGACGAAGAGAUGGAAACCUCUAGUCAGGAAAUGUUGAGCAGAUCAUCAUCAACAGAUGAACUUUCCAAUUAUGUUAAUAUUGAUUAUUUUUUACGCAAAAAUUCUGUUGGUCGUUCCAUUUCGAACAUACCAGUUUCAUCUCGUGUAUCAUCAACUGGUAAUCGAAAGAUAUCCUCUACUGGUUUAAAUGUAGAAGAAUCAGAGAAUGAAAAUGAAAAUUUUUCAAGUAUAAAAUCUUCAUCAGAUUAUGAUAAUUUUGGAUCAAGUGAGAACAUAUUGAACCAGUUUCAAAUUCCUGCAAAUAGUGCUGCAAAACGUUCGUUAAAUUCAAUUGGUGCGACGAAUAGUACUUCAUCUUCAUCGAGUCUUCGACUUCGAAACGCAAAAUUAUUAAAUAAAGAAUCCAAUAAUAUAGAAUCUAAUUAUUCAUCUAAUAGUAUAAUGUCGACAUUCACACCACCACCUUCAAUGCGUGAUAAAGAAUUCAAUUUCUCCAAACACACUACUCAAACAUCAAAUAAUUCAGCACAGGAUACUUUAUCAAGUGAAAAGGAUGAAAAUUCUACCUAUAGUGAUGGGUCGGAUUUUAAUUUGUUGAUGGAUGGAUCUUCAUCAUCGCCACUGCCGAAAAAUAUUCCAUCCACUUCGUCACCUUCAACCAUUGCAUUAGAAACGGAUUUCUAUGCAUUCACAGAUAUUAUCAAUCAUGAAAAUGCAGCUAAAACAACAACCGGGACCAUAACAGAUAAUUUUGAUUCCAUUGAUACUUCAGACGAUUCAUUGGACCGAGAUGUAAAAUCCAUAUCAACAAAAUUUGAACAUCAAGGAUCAUUGAAAUCGCCUGUAAAAAAUAAUAUUAAUGUUGAAAAUUUGAUUGAUGAAAACAACAAAUGUAUGACCAUUAAUAAGUCUUUUACGAUUGAAUCUGAACAAUCACAACAAAUGCAAUGGAGUAUUGUACGCAGUAUAAUUGAUAGUGAAACUAUCUAUCUGGAUUGCUUAAACACAUUAAACAAAUAUCGUAAAGCAUUCGAAUCAGCAUCCAAAAGUGAUAAUGCCCUCAUAUCUACAGAGGAUAUAGAAUCCAUAUUCUAUAGGAUUGCUGAUUUAUAUGAUAUACAUAAUGCAUUCCUUGCUGGAUUGAAAAAAGUUGUACAUGGUUUUAAAUUACGACAUUCACCUAUGAUGGCUGAUUCGAAAGUAACCGCAAAAUUUAUUGGGAAACAAUCGAUUGGUGAAUUGUUCAAUCGAUUAGCUGAACAAUUACCUGUGUAUGCAGAUUUUUUACGCAAUUAUUCGAAAGCAAUUGAAACGGCUAAUCGUUGUAGUGCUAAUAAUUCACGCUUCUUUGACAUUAUCAAGUCUAUCAAAUUAGCAUCCGCUCAUGUUCAAUUUAGCAAUCUUGUUGAUAUGUUACAUGAACCAGUUGCUCGUUUACAAAAAAAUGCAUUGGUUUUACAUGAUUUGCUCAAAUACACAGAAAACGAAGAUGAUCAACAAUUGCUCAAAAAUGCAUUGAGAUUAAAUCAAAAGUUUUUCAAUGAUUUAAAUCUAGAUGCCGCGCGACGAUUAUUCAUGACACACGAUAAAUUCAAACGUCGUUUAGUUAAAGAAAGUUUCAUCAUAGAAAGUGGAGAUCGUCGUAAAUUGCGACAUUUAUUCCUAUUCAACGAUGUGAUCGUAUCAGCCAAAUAUAAAGCUUCGUCCAAGCAAAAGUUUACAUUUGAAUUACGAUUUUUUCAAAUGCUCAGCGAUAUCGUUUUGGAUUCAAUUCCUAAUCUUUCAAAUCUAACCAAUUCAUCUGAAUCAUCACAUUCAUUUCCAGUCACUCAACCACAGUCCUCUUCCUCAUCAUCAUCAUCCGUGCAGCAUACACUGAAUAGUAGUAAUAAUAGUAAUAGUAACCAAUCGAACCAACAUGAAUUGGAAAAAGAAUCCAAAGAUCUUCAAACUACUGCUAAUCUUAUAUCAAGCCUCAAAUCAAGAGCGUUUUCCGCAAGGCUUGAUCUGUAUAUUGAAGAAAAACGAAAAGGUCAUACGAAACAAUCGGAUCGAUUACGAAAGAAAAUAUCUGAAUUGGAAUCCGAAUUAAGCCUAUAUUUGCCUCAGCUUAAAUUCUCAUUCCGUGUAAAGAAUAAUCCAAGUAAAUGUUAUACAUUCUUUUUAUCGUCAGAAUAUGAACGAAAUUGUUGGAUUGAUGCAAUCAAAACGUUACAACAGAAUGCAUCAUCUGAUGAACAUGCAAACAUACAUGUUUUACAAAAAUGGAUUGAAUCUUGUCGAAAAAGCAUUAACGUCAAUUGUGGUUCAUUCCUGUUACGUUCGAAUAAAGAUGAAACGCUUCGAUAUGGUGAUCUGCAAAUGCGUUUAAUCGAUCUGGCGAAUUUUCAUUACCAUACCGAUCUAUUCAUCGUAAUCGAAACAGAUUCAUUUGGUCAUUAUUUUAAACGAGCAGUCGCCCGUUAUCUGAUGAGUGAUUUUGUACAAAAACAAAAUCGGUGUCAAGAAUUUUUAAUCGAAUUAGAAGGCUCGCAAAUUGUUCGAUUUUUGUUGUAUGAAAAACAUUCAAAUCAUCAUCAACAGCAACAACAAAUAAAUGAUAAUAACCAUAAAAAUGAUGAUGAAAAUCGAUACCAUCAAUUUAAGGGUAAAGCAAUUUUCGAAUUGACUGCUUCUUGUACAAGUUCGGAGCCGAAAAUGUCGGAAAUUCAAAUCGGUGAUUAUACAUUGUGUUUUGAAACACGUUUCAUUCCAUGGAAUUCGAUUAUGGAAACAAUACCACCAAAUAAAAUCUAUGGUUCAUUUGGUGUUAGCAUUAGUCAAGUUUGCAAAAAAGAAAAAAGUACCGUUCCAUAUUUGAUUUUAAGCUGUAUAUUAGAAGUAGAACGUCGUGGCCUUCGUGAAGUAGGUAUUUAUCGUGUUUCUGGUCUUUCAAGUGAAGUUCAAAAGCUUAAAAAAGCAUUCGAAACAAAUCCACGUGAGGCAUGUUAUCUAAUUAGAGAAACGGAUAUACAUUCGGUGACUGGUCUGUUAAAACUAUAUCUUCGAGAAUUGCCCGAAUCAUUGUUCACCAAUGAUAUGUAUCAACAAUAUUUCGAAGCCAGAGAUUUGAAAAAUCCUGAAGAAAAAGAAAUGAAAAUGACAUCAUUAUUAGCGAAACUAGUUGAACCGAAUCAUUCGACAGUAAUCAAAUUGAUCGAACAUUUAGUAUUGGUUAAUCAUUUUGAAGAGGAUAAUAAAAUGUCAUUAAAUAAUCUGGCAACUGUAUUUGGACCAACGAUGUUACGAACUAAUUCAUCAUCUACAACCACUUCAUCAUCUACAUCAGCAUUAGGUCAAACAUCAUCGAGCAGUAAGAAUUCCAUCGGUGGAUCUUCAUCAGCCGCUGCAAGUCAUCAACAAAUGAUGGGAUUUAGUGGCAAUCCUAAUCAAAUUACGCCUAAUAUUACCCCAUUAAUGAUCAAUACGGACCUGUUUACAGCAUCCACUAUCGAUGUAAUGGCUCAAGCAGAUAUCUUAUAUUUCUUUCUUCGUCGUAAAGCGGAUGGUUAUUCCCUUACAUCGGUUGAUCAUCAAGAAGAGACUUCCCUUUGAUUGUUAGAGCACAUUAUUUUUUUUAUAGAUCACGUUAUUUUUAUUCUGGUCAUUUGCCAAAAUGUUGUUUAUUCUUUUAAACCAGCCGGAUUGGCUUAAUUAUUCCAUUAUUUACCCA